CAUUUGUCCCCUUCGUUCUACACAUCGCGUCUUCCAAGAAACUUCUCCUUUCACGCACUCCCACUUAUGCUCGCCACUAUAUAAAGCAGCCCUUCCCGUCUCCUCCGAUACGUGCACACACUCAGUUUUUACAUGCUCUGAGUGUCAUUCGAGUGUUAUUAGCUUCCAAAUCGAAAGUUAGAGCAGACGCAAUCUCAUUACUUGAAACCCAAUAGACAUGAAGAAGUUGGUGCUGACAGUAAAUGUACGUGACGCCAAAGAAAAGAGCAAGGCCAUGCAAGCAGUUUCUCGUUUUCAUGGGAUUGGGUCUCUGAAUAUGGACAUGAAGGACAAGAAACUAACAGUAUCCGGCGAUUUUGACCCGGUUAAGGUGGUGAACAAACUGAGGAAAUCUUGGCACACAGAAAUCGUGAGUGUUGGACCAGCUAAGGAAGACGAUGGCAAGAAGAACGAAGAUCAAGUCGUAAAAGCCUAUCCAGGAUACUAUCCUACACCGCACACAAAUUACUACAUGCCCUACAUGCCCUACAUGCCUUACUACGAAGAAACCCCAAAUUGUGUCAUAUGUUGAAAUUCUCUGUGCUUCCAGACCAAUAAAGGACUUGGUUUGUGCACUGCGGAGGAUUGAAUCAGUAAGGUUGAUUAUGCCUUAUAAACACAAGAACGAGUGUGUACCUUUUCUAGAAUAUCACGUUUUUGUUGCGUCGUUCAGUACUUGUAUGUGCGUAGGGUGUAUAUGUAGAGAGAUUGGUUUUCAGUUGAGGAAUUCAAGAUAUGGAAGAUCCAUUUUGUACUCCAUUUCAACCAACGAUUGUUUUCAAU